AUCAAGGGCACAUGCAAGAAGGGAAGCAGCAGAAGGACAGACAGACAGACAGACAGACAGACAUUAGAGUAGACAAGGAAUGAACUGGACUUGGUGCAAGUUCAUAGACCAAAGCUACAAGAUGAAGAAACCACAGAUCAGGACAUAAGGGUUCGGUGAAGAGAAAAUUUUCAGCCCUGAUUCUACCCCCAUUCCAGCGGUCCUUUCCUCCUUGCCAAGUGUUCACCAAAUGAGUAUCAUGUGGCCUGUGGAACAAAGCUGAAGGAAGGAGUAAGGGGAGUGUGUCAUGAAGCCUAAUGGAUACUAUGGGACCCCCCAGCCUCUAUUUCAGAAAUGUCUACAAGACUGUUGGACCUACAGGUAUGGAUCUUUGGCAGCUGCUACUUACUUUGGCCCUGGCAAGUUCAAAUGAUGCUUUUUCUCAAAGCGAGGAGCCCUCUGGGAAGCCUCAGUAUACCAAGUGCCGUUCACCUGAACUAGAGACAUUUUCAUGCUACUGGACUGAUGAAGUUUAUCAUGGUCCAAAGAGUCCAAUAAAGCUGUUGUAUAAGAAAAGGGUUGACGAAGAGUGGAAAGAAUGCCCUGAUUAUGUCUCUGCUGGAGAAAACAGCUGUUAUUUCAAUUCAUCAUAUACCUCCAUUUGGACACCCUAUUGUAUCAAGCUAAGAAAUAUUAGUCAUGAGUUGGAGAAAAGAUGUUUCACUGUUGAUGAAAUAGUACAACCAGAUCCACCCAUUGGCCUCAACUGGACUUUGCUGAACACCAGCCUAACAGGGAUCCAUGCAGACAUCCAGGUGAGAUGGGGGCCACCUCCUAAUGCAGAUGUUCAGAAAGGAUGGAUCCUCUUGGAGUAUGAACUUCAGUACAAAGAAAUAAAUGACACCCAAUGGAAAAAGAUGGAACUCGUACGCUCCACAUCUGUUCCAGUGUACUCCUUGAGAUUGGAUAGAGAAUAUGAAAUACGAGUCAGAUCCAGACAACGUACCUCGGAUAAAUUUGGGGAGUUCAGUGAAAUACUUUAUGUAACAUUUCCUCAGAUGAGCCCUGUUAUGAAUGAAUGUGAAGAGAAAAUCAAUGAUUUCCAGUUUCCGUGGUUCUUGAUUAUUAUCUUUGGAAUAUUUGGGCUGACAGGGGUGUUAUUUGUAUUCAUACUUUCUAAACAACAAAGGCUCAAGCUGCUGAUUCUGCCCCCAGUUCCAGUUCCAAAAAUUAAAGGGAUAGAUCCGGAUCUUCUCAAGAAAGGAAAAUUAGAAGAGGUAAACACAAUCUUAGCCAGCCAUGAUAGCUAUAAGCCUCAAUUCUACAAUGAUGAUUCUUGGGUUGAAUUCAUUGAGCUGGACAUUGAUGACCCUGAUGAAAAGACAGAAGAAUCUGACACAGACAGACUUCUAAGCAGUGACCACCAGAAAUCCCUCAAUUACCUUGGGGCGAAGGAUGAUGACUCUGGACGUACAAGCUGUUAUGAGCCAGACAUUCUGGAGACUGAUCUGAGUACCAGUGACUCGUGCGAUGGGACUUCAGACAUUGCUCAGUCACAAAGGAUGAAAGGGAAAGCAGAUCUCUUAUGUCUUGAUCAGAAGAAUGAUGGGUCACCUUCUAAUUGUGAGCCCCCAACUAUUCAUCCACCCAACGGUGUCAUCCUUUCAGAAGGUAGCAAGCCAAGACCGCUUCUUACAAGUGGAAUUGAGUCAACUGGCCCACCUGUCCAUACUCAGCUGAGCAACCAGAGUUCACUGGCAAACAUUGACUUUUACGCCCAGGUGAGCGACAUUACUCCUGCAGGAAGUGUUGUUCUUUCACCCGGGCAAAAAAAUAAGGCAGGGAUAUCACAGUGUGAUGGGCACCCAGAAGUGGCCUCACUGUGUCAUGCAAACUUCAUCAUGGACAAUACCUACUUCUGCGAGGCAGACGCGAAAAAAUGUGUUUCUAUGGCCCCUCAUGUUGAGCCAGAGCCCCGGGUAGAGCCGGGCUUUAGCCAGGAAGACGUUUACAUCACCACAGAAAGCCUUACCACUACUGCUGUGAGUUCCGGAAUAGCGGGAGGACCUUCAAAUUCUGAAAUGCCCGUGCCCGACUAUACCUCUAUUCACAUAGUACAGUCUCCACAGGGCCUUGUACUCAAUGCUACCGCGCUGCCUGUGCCUGACAAAGAAUUCCUCACCUCGUGUGGCUACGUAAGCACAGACCAACUGAACAAAAUCAUGCCCUAGCCUUUCUUGCGUUUACCCUGCGCAUAUAUAUUUAAUGGCAUAAAGAUGGCUUGGGCUUGUCCGCUUAAACCAAAAUAAUGUUUAAACAUUUUUUUGGCGGUUCUUAAGCGCUUUUUUCCUGAAAUGUUGAAACAUGAUAAACACACACAAACACACAAGCGUUAAUCGGUCUCUUUCCUAUUGUGAAUUGUAAAUAUUUUAAAGCAUUGUCUCUCCAAGACCAUUGAGUAGCAGUGAUUGUCUUGUUAUUGUGGGUGUUGAUUUUGUGAUACUAAACAUUGAAUGACUAUGUUUUUAAUGUAUAGUAAAUCAUGCUUUUUGAAAAAGCUAAAAUCAGGUGGUUUUGCAGUUCAGGAGAAUUUAAUGCAAAUCAUACCAUACACUGAGUUGUUUGAUGUUUUUUUAAUCGGUAAUUGGGAAAACCAAAUAAAAUAUAAACAGGAAAGCAGAAGUAGUUUGGGUAAGUAAAACAUUUAUUUUGACAUACAAAUUGAUAAAGAUAUUUUAAUAUUCUAGACUAAAAGCACGGCUGUUUUAUAUUGCGGUACACAAUGUGUGCUGUAAUUUAUGAUGAUCCAUCUAAAGAAUGUAUUCGUUGCAAUUUUACCAAAACUGAUUUAGGUUUUGGUCAUUGCAGCAAAAAUAAGAAGCAAAAAUGAAAUAAAAUAACAAAAAAAAGUUAGUUUUUUAUAGGGUCAUUUUUAUACCUCCAAAAAAACAAUCCUUAGAUAAUUCUAAAAUGAUUAUAGUGACUUUAUUAGAUCAUAUUCAUCUUACCAUAAGGGUUUUUUUUUCAGCAUAUUUAUACAUUUUUAAGUUUUCAGGCAAACCUUAAGUAAGAGCAAAGAAUCCAUUCACCACCAUAUUCCAGUCCACGCCCCAUAGGUAUCAAGAGGAGUAAAAGUUAUAGCAGAUAUUUCUUUGCCAGAACAUUUAAAUGUUUUAAAAACACUUUAACAAAUUUAAAAAACACUUUAAAAAACCAGUUGCACCUUGAGUGAUUUUUAAGCCCAUGGGAAAAUCCAAAAUGAGCACUGAAACCUUGGCAUCUAUAUCUUCACAGAUAGGGCCUGAUUUUUAUCCCAUUGUUUCACAAGUGGGGGUUGAGGUACAUGAAGCAUUUUUAAGUUGAAACCAGAUGAAAUGAAGUGAACAGGGAACAGAGGGCAAUGUUGUUCAAGAAACUUAGGUUUGGGUAUUUUAGGGUUUCUUUUCCCCCACAGCCUUUAUAAAGGCAGCCUCCAUCUUUCAAGAUAAUCAGGGACAAGAGCAACAUAGAUAAAUGAGAUUUGUGGAUAAUACAAGAUCCCACAAACCAAUAUCAGUAGCUUUCUCCCAUGCCAAACUUUUUUCCCCCUUAGGGCUUCUGGUGUGUUGUAAAACUAUCUGAUUUGAACUUUACCUCCCUUAGUUUUUCCUCUAGGAUCCCCUCAAGGAAAAUGUUGGUGAAGAGUGAGACAGCUACAAAAGCAGACAAUAGUAAAGAAAAGGAGAAAGGGAGGAUCUAUAUAAUCUGUACAAACCGGAUAAUCAGUCCCUGAAUAAACACUAUUUUUUCUUAGUAGAUGUGAGGAAAGUUCUCCAAAAAGUACAUUAUUAAAGAGGAAAAUACUAUCUGGGCAAGAGAAUGGACUUAAUUUGAAGCAGCAGCAAUAUACAAAGUAAGAUAGAUGAAACUUUGAAUUUUUUUAACUUCUCCAUCAGUGGGAUUUGCCCAGUAAGCACAGGCAUCUUUAAGACACGAACAACAUCAUCAGGGACUUUCAAUCCCUCUUUUCCUGCAAGAACUGCAGCCAGUUGCUGGAACUGGGUUUGGAAAGUCCAGCAUGUGACUUUGUAGUAAGUGUUUAUUAGAUCUUCUGCUAACUUGCUACUGCAGUUUUCUAACAGCUCCAUUAUUUAGUUUCAUGUAACAUUUCAUAAAUGUAACACUAAUUCAAUUAAAGCUACAUAUGUUUUUGGAAGAAGUCUCUUACUAUAUUCAAAUAGGCUGACAAAGUUUCUAUAGCCAAAAAUAGUUUAAAAAAUACCUCAAUCAAGCUCAGAAUGUUAUUUUGGUACUUUACUGGUUAUACAAGCCAUUAUUCACCAGUAUGAAUAGUUGUGUCUUUCGGUUUAUAUUUAACUUCUUUAUGUCUGUGGAAUUUUUCCCUUCAAAGUUUAAUAAAUUUAUUUUCCUGGA